AUGUCGUCGCAAGUUCUUGCGGCGCCAAUGGUGGGCCAUGAUCUGUCCAGGCGAACAGGUACACGGUCGCCCGCGCCGUCAAAAAGCCUGGACUCGCCCUCGGCUCUGGAAAUAAGUUAUGAUCAACAGCAUUCCCUACACGAACAAUCACAUAAAACCUCCACCUUUCUAUCGCACAAGAACACGAAUAAUCCAGAUACCCAGACUACUCAUCCGCACGAUCAAACCACCUUCGAGCAAACACAGCGAGCAGUGGGCAACCUUCUGGAUGCGCUCCGUACAAACGUCGCGCAGUCGCAUCUCACUAAAGAUGGGACUGCACACGCUUCUUCAGAAGUGCCAGAAAAGCUCCUACACGAUCCAGACCUCCAAAGACCUUCCGUCUCGCCCCUGGAGCCACAAUCUCCAGGAAUGUCUGUGCCUACCUUUACCGGCUUCACCUUUCCCGGCGCACACGCUCUCGACGACUCACUAGCGGUCUUGCCCCUAGAUGGACUUACAGCCAGUAUGGCAGAUGUAUCCCAACCACAGGAGGACUUGCUCCUGUCAACGUUUGCCGACCCACAGCAUGCAAGCCUACUCGAGGGAGAGAUGGCGGAAACGGUGGAAGAGGAGCUGCCACUCAAUGUACAGAAUGCUCAGGAUACCGGACAGAUAGCGGCAUAUGCGAAGCUUGAAUUUGAUGAUGGCCCAUUCUAUAUCACCACGCACUCUCUUGAACUGGGUAGAGAUGCUCGGGCCUACAGAGCUGCGAAGGCGAGGCUUGCGGAACAACAGCGACAGCAGAAAGGUGAAGGUUCAAGUUCUGGGAACUCACACCCCUCCAGCCAGAACAAACGGGAUGGUGGCAGUCAGGUCAAGGGAAGCGUUGUCAGCGAUCGAGGAGGUUUUUAUGGUGUGGAUGACGUUGAAGGGGAGGCGCAAGAGGCGCACGAAGAGCGACAAAGGCAGGAGGCUGAUGGGCCACAUUCGUCGAACCACUCAGCAUCUUCAAUCGUCAAUCCGAAAGAUCUCUAUACCCAACCUCCUUUACCACAUUUUAACUAUCAAGCAUAUCCAAUAGAAGAGUACGAGCGUGAAAUCGAAGAAAUUCCAGCUCCUCUUACAUCAGAGCAUUUCCCCGAGCAAGAAGAGGGAUUUCUUCUUCCCAUCCAUCAUGCGCCUGUCAAAGACGAUCUCGAGCAGGAUGUUGCCAACCAUCGAUCAGUGUCGCGAAGACAUGCCAAGAUUUUCUGGGAGGAUGACUGUUUCAAGAUCCACAUCAAAGGAGUUAACGGUGCCUUUGUGAACGAAGAGCAUUAUCCCAAGGAUGCAAUCGUUCCUCUACGUGAGGAUGUGUCCAUUCAGAUCAAGGGCAUCAAAUUUCAGUUCAAGCUUCCUGUACACAACUCCAUUGAAUCGUCUGAUGAAUCCGACCAAGUCGAAGAUGACAGUCCAAAUCAGAACGCAGAGUCCUCUUCUGCAACUUCCGGUGUCGAAGAUGCUGUGGCUCUCAACACUAGUGGCAGGACUCCUCUGAAAGUGAAGAUCAGGAACUUCAACAGGACUUCUCCGCCGCCGGUCCCGCCAGUCCUGGGACCUGACGGAAAGCCAAAGAGGAGAGGUCCUGGCCGUCCUCCCAAGGAUGGCAUCAUGUCAAAGCGAGAGAGAACAGCCAAAGAGAGAGCUGAUCGGGAGGCAGCAGCAAAAGCAGCCAAUGGAGGUGUCACACCCGAGCCUUCUAACCGAGGCAGAGCUGGUCGAACUACGGCCAAAGCGGUUCCUGAGGUAGAAGACUCAAAGCCUGCCAAAAGAAAAUAUACCAAACGAAAGCCAGCUACCCAAGAUCCCGACGAUGUCACACCUAAGCUUGAGGAAGAGAGUGAGGGUAUUGCGGAUGACGCCCCUCCCACAAAGAGAGCUCGAGUCAACCGUUCAGAAUCGCCAGAAUAUCCGAAACUGGAAGACUUGUCCGAAAAGGACCUUUUACGCCCACCGCAUAACUACAGCAUACUCAUCUACGACUUGUUGAAAGAAUCACCCAAACCGCUUGAUCUCAAGGGCAUCUAUCGAGGACUGAAGAUGAAAUGGCCGCAUUUCCUCUACCGAUACAAAGACCCAAAAGGCUGGGAAAGCAGCGUUCGUCACAAUGUCAACGAAGACAAGUUAAAGAUCAUUGAAAAGGUUGACCGAGUUGGCAAAGGGUACUCGUAUCGAGCCAAGCCAGGAGUAGACAUCGAACAACACAAGAAGAAACGAGCUCGAUCUCCGCCAGCAGCUCAGAAAAUGUCGGCACCCCCGCAACCAAGAUAUCCACCGCAACCGCAGCCUCCACCGCCUGGACCAUAUACCUACCCGCAAAGCCGUCAACCACCGCCGGGUCACGGCAUGUAUGGGCAUCUGGUACCAACCACUGUGCCACAAAGUAGCAUGGCUUACACCAUGACAUAUCCUCCAGCAACUGCAGGUGCUUAUUCAUCUGGUGCAGUGGCGUCUCUACCUCAAUAUGCCACUUCAGGUCCGCCAGCUCAGCAAAUCUCAGACCCAACAACUACGACAAAAGUAACACCAGGCACUCAGUCAUUACCAAUCACUGCCAGCGCGACCACUUAUCCAGCUCAUCCAGCCGCAUACCCGACUCCUCCAACCGCAAAUCAAGCUCGACCAGAAGCCUACAGCAACUCCUUGCAUCAACAACCUCCUCGCCCUACAAAUCCUAUUCUACACCCUCCACCUCCGACGGCCCCAUAUCAAACACCAACUCAACCCCCAAAAACGCACUCCCAGCCAGCUCUACCGCCCCCACCACCAGGAGUAAGUCCCUACCAGCCAUUCCUGCCUACCGGUCUCUCCGUAAUCUCAACCUUUGAAUCCUCCCUCCUCGAAGGCGUGGAGAACCCGACCGACCUCCCCCGCAUCCGCGCCACGCUGGCCUCGGUCCGCAAAAGAGUUUUCGAGGGUGCUAAUGGGAGCUCCUUGGUUGGCGGAGAGACGCAGGAUGAGAGGACUUUUUUGCAUUAUUUUAGGCAUAUCCUGGAGAACGAGCGGUUCAGGAAUCCUGGAUUUGUGGGGUGGGAGGCGGUACGGAGGGAGAAGGAGAGGCUGACGAAGAUGGCACCAGAGGGCGGGGCAGGGGCAGGAGUAGGGGCGAAGGGUGGCGGUGGUGCUGGAGCUGGAGCUGUAGCUGGUGUGCAGGCUCAGGCCCCGGCUUCUAAUCCUACAAAUACGAUGGUGGAACUUGGAGGCGGGAGUGGUGGCGAUGAAGGAGAGGGCACUAGAGGUGACCAAGGUAGCGCAGAAAAGGACCAACACGGACAUGAACAUCAUGGCGCUGCUGCGGUGAAGAAGGAUGCAGAAUCUGAAGCUCGCAAGGAGCAGCAGCAUGAUGAUCUGCACACAGCCGGAAAGAAAGAUGGCGAUGGCGGUGGCGGAAUGAGGGAAGAAGAGGAGCGAGUCAGCGCCAACGCCAACGCUGAGAGCGUGAAAGAGCAGGAACCGGAGCCGGAGAAGGAAAAGGCAAAGGAGAUCGAAGAACAAGGCACAGCAGCAGCACUGUAA